AUGGCUAUCAAGGGGGACCUUCUGCAGCAGGGCGUUUGUAUGACCUUCAGACGGCAGGGCAAGGUUGGCUGGAUUGAUUAUGACAGCUCCUUGCUGCUCCACACCAUCACCUCUCCACAGGACUCCUUCCUGGGGUUAAGAAGAGGCGAGAAUGACCCCCCGACUGAUCAAAGCCUGUGCGCCGCUGCAUCCCGGGCCCAGCAUUUAAGUCCCACUGCUGUCACCGCCACCACCUUGCCCAAGAGGAAGACCGAAGGGGAUGCUAAAGGAGAUAAAGCCGAGGUGGACACACCACAGAGAAGAUCCACAAGGUUGUCUGCUAAACCUGCUCCUCCAAAGCCAGAGCCCAAGCCUAAAAAGGCCCCUGCAAAGAAGGGAGAGAAGGUACCCAAAGGGAAAAAGGGAAAAGCUGAUGCUGGCAAGGAGGGGAAUUACCCUGCAGAAAAAGGAGAUGCCAUAACAGACCAGGCCAGGGAAGCUGAAGGUGACGGAGAGGCCAAGUGAAGUGUGUGCAUUUUUGAUAACUGUGUACUUCUGGUGACUGUACAGUUUGAAAUACUAUUUUUUAUCAAGUUUUAUAAAAA